AUGGUGUCUUGGGUGAUAUUCGGCUUCUGUCGCUGGCAUGCUUCUAGCAAUGGCGAUGUGGCAGCGCCUUCAGACGGUGAUCUCGAGAGGGAGAUCAAGGUCUUUCAGCGCGGUCGCGAUACGGCCCUGUGCCAGUUGGGGGUGGAGGUUGUUUGGGACGACAAUCGCGAGGUUCGAGAGGCGGGCGAGGAGACGGUGGUGAUGACGAGUCGAGUGGUCAGAUGGCAGGCAGAGAGCGGCUUUACGGUAGUCUGGGGAAUCGAGAGCUGA